CAUCAACAUCAUCUUCUGUCUUUAACCAAAAAAAAAAACCCAUCAUCUUCUGAUAAAACAAUGGGGGAAGAGAGUGGAAAUGGAGGAGGAGGGGGAGGUGGUCACGUGCUGGUAUUUCCGUACCCGAUACAAGGCCAUAUCAACCCAAUGAUCCAGCUCUCUAAACGGCUCUCCGCAAAGGGGCUGGCCGUCACUCUCGUCGUCGCCUCCAACGAGCAGUCCGACCCGUACGUGGCCGAGUAUUCCAUCUCCUUACGCACCAUCUUCAACGGCUUCGACCAACACGACCACCCUCUCGUCAUGCUCCGACGCACCCACCGUUUCAACGACUGCACCUCUCGCAGCCUCUCGCAGUUCAUCCAAAGUGAAAUGUUAUCGGAGCGACCCCCGAAAGCUGUGAUAUACGAUCCGUUCAUGCCGUGGGCACUAGACGUGGCCAAGGACCUGGGCCUUCGUGCGGUGGCUUACUUCACUCAACCGUGGUCGGUCAACCUCAUAUAUCAUCACAUCAACGAAGGCACAUACCACGUCCCGACAUCCAGACACGACCAUCCCACGUUGUCGUCGUUCCCGGCAUUACCGCUGUUGAGUCAGAAGGAUUUGCCGUCGUUUGCUUGCGAGUCGGGAUCGUACCCUCAUCUCUUCGACCUUGUCGUUAGCCAGUUCUCGAAUUUCCGUCGAGCCGAUUGCAUUCUCUGCAACACAUUUGAUCAACUCGAAGAUAAGGUAAUGAAAUGGAUGGGAAAGGAAUGGCCAGUGAAGAACAUAGGACCGGUGGUGCCGUCGAAGUUCUUGGACAACCGUUUACCGGAAGACAAAGACUACGGUCUCGGUCACUUCAGGCCGAAGCCUGGCGGCGACGCGAUCAAGUGGCUGCAGACCAAACCGUCUAAGUCGGUGGUUUAUGUCUCGUACGGAACGUUGGCCGCUUUGGACGAGAAGCAGAUGAAGGAGAUCGCUUUCGGGAUGAGAGAGAGUGGAUUUUCCUUCUUAUGGUCUCUGAGAGACUCCGAGCGAAACAAACUGCCUCAUGGUUUCUUGGAAGAGGUAUCGAAAAACGACUUGGGAUUGGUGGUGAACUGGACAAGCCAGCUAGAAGUGCUGGCGCAAGGCUCAGUCGGAUGCUUUGUAACGCACUGUGGAUGGAACUCGACUCUCGAGGCAUUGUGUAUGGGGAUACCGUUGGUAGGGAUGCCGCAGUGGACGGAUCAGCCGACCAACGCAAAGUUCAUAGAGGAUGUGUGGAAGGUCGGGGUGAGGGUGAAGGCCGAGAAGGACGGACUCGUGAAGAAGGAAGAGAUCUCGAGAUGCGUUAGGGAAGUGAUGGAGGGAGAGACGGGGAAAGAGAUGAGGAAGAAUGCAGAGAAAUGGAAGGUGUUGGCCUGUGAAGCUGUCAGUGAAGGAGGGAGUUCCGACCGGAACUUGGAUGAGUUCGUUGCUAUGUUUGGUUGAGGAUUUACAUUAAAUCUUACGUAAUAUAUGUAAUAAAUGUCAUUGUUGAAAGAAAAAAAUUAUUCAAAUAAUAAA